UCUGCCGAGCGACACGAAAACCGGCGAAUAAAUGGACACGAGUAUAGAAUUGUCGACACUACUAGGAGGUAUUUAGUAGGGAAGAUGUAUCCACCAUAUCAUCGAGGAACGAACGCGCCAUUGACUUCCUUGACAAGAAAACGUGCAAUCCGACGCUGAUUUUCUUGCAAAGUGGAGGUCUACUCAAAAAAAGAACAAAGUACAAAAAUGGCGCGUUUUAAUCCGCUCGCAACCACUGCCGCCAGUGAGCACCGGCCGUCCCGGCGACCACGCCACCGGCUUUGCUCCGAGGAGUUGCAAUUACAGCACGAGAUUUUGUUGCUCGAGCAUGAGAGACAGCUCCUUGGAUUGGAUACACGACGACAGAGUAGCCAUACAUCAACCUUAUAUGCAGGAGUUCAUCGAGGAAGAGGAAGUAGAACUUCCCCUGGCGGGACACUACCUAGUCGUGCAUCUUCAACGGCGAGCAAGCUUUUCACCACGACGACCCUCCUAUCCCUUCUCCCCUCCCGACCACAUUUUCCAGUGAAGAUCCCCUCGUCGUGUUCUCUCCCUUUGGUAAAACGAGAGACCGUGGUCCGCACCAGCAAGAUCACCGUGAAAGUGACUUUUACCCUGCUUCUCUGGGAAGCCUUGCUGCAGUGGAUGUAUGUCGGCUGCCUGCACCUGCUCCGCCACCAGAUUCUCGAGGUCGGGUUCGACGACUAUGACUGCGACCCCCGGGACUGGGUGUGCGGGUUGUCCUGGCACGCCCCGCUGAUGGGUUUGUUGUUCACCAUCCGGUGCUCGAUGAACUUUCUGCUGAUCCGGCGCCAUAACUACGAGCUGACCGCUAUGGAACUGUCAGGUUUGAAAUCGUCAAAGUUGCAAUAAUUUGUGAUGCAUAAAACGGAUACAAGUUAGACCUACAGUUUGCAGUCGGUGCAUGACAAAUUUUCCCGGUCCUGGAUGCGAGUCUGUCAUGCGGUUUAGGGCAAAAGAGCUGCCUUCUGUCAUGCUAGUCAGCAGUCCAACUUUUGACCCUUACCAGGACUAUAAUCUGCCUCCCGUGCGUCCUCUGCAAUAGAGUCUAUUUUUGUAUCGCGUUUUUUUAUGCAUGACACUUUGAUGAUUUCAAUCCUGACACUCCCAUAACCGCCCUGCUGCGGGAGCACGCGAGCAUGCGGUACUUGGGCUAUGGAUUGCAAAAGUGUCUGGGUCUGGAAGAUUCUAAACUUGUAACGCUGUCGCUGGAUGCUAAAAAAAUGUGUAUUGCGUAACCAGCAAUAGCACUCCAGUUUGUGCUACGCGGAGAGGGCAUUUCUCAUGCGGUAGAGGCAUCGCAAAGUCCUCUGAAGAUAUGUGAUGCUAGGGCAUGCAUCACAGACGUCAUAGGUCAUGCAAAAUCUGCAGGACAAACCUGGCGAUCUUCCAGACCCAGACAUUUUUGCAGUUGAUAUGGGAGUGGGCAUGCUCCUUCUCGUCCUUUUUCUCCACUGCUCGGGCUUGGCCUACUAUGCAAGAAAAAAACUAUGUGAGUGUAAAUCUGUGAUGCAGAAAGUGCAAAACUGUUACACUUGUCAUGCUGGAUCUGCGUCAUACGCUACUUUCAUACGUGUUUCCACGUACUAGCUGCGCAUGACAGAUUUUCCCUGUAAUGCAAAGCUAAUUUGUGAUGCUGCUUUUCCGUACACAGUUACACUUACACACUUUUUUUCCUGGAUACCUACGCGAAGCAGGACGGCUUCAUUUUCCAAGAAAGGAUUUAUCCGAUCGAUGAAGACCCAAGACUGGCUGUGGGACUCGCCUUAUGCAAGUUGCAUGCAAAUUCGUAUCUGGGUGGUCCGCUGGAAAGGAGUACUUAAGUUGUGAUCAUGCCACACGUCGACCUAGUGAUAUAUGCAUAGUCAUAGACCACGAACCUCUAAAACACUGCAGUACGCUAUACGGUGCGACGCCGAAGCCUGACAAACACAAAGCGCGAAGGGGUUGAUAUCGCACGAAAGACAAAAGCUCGCGCCACUACGAACAUAAUCGAAGCUGCUCAGAAAUGUUCCAGACCCAGAUCGAAUUUUGCAGUUGAUAGAGCUUGCCGGGAAAAUACGAAGUAAGCCCCGUUGCGAGGAAACAAGCGUAGCCAGGGGGACCGCAGCACUUCUGCUGUGCGAUGCCAUACGAAGGAAGCUCCACAGCUGCCCUAGGAACUUCCUAUACAUCAAGGAGGGCGGAAAACAAGAUCUGGCUGAAGGUACAUGUUGCAACAUCUACAUCACUACACUUUACAUCUCCUGCUUCAAGAUCGCAGGGGUUUCAAAGAAAGCUAGACGAAGUAGUUUUACUGUGCCAAAUGAUGUCACAU